AGCGGCCCACCACGCGCGUCCAGCUUCCGCGCCUCGCCGCCUCAGCGCAGCUCUCACCAUCGCGGCGCGAUCGCCGUGUCCAGUACCGGAGGCGAGAGCACAGCGAGGAGGAGGAGGAGGAGGAAGCGGCCCGGCACCCCGCUAAGGCGCUAGCUCGUGAGUUUGGCUUCUUCGAUUUGACUGGACGCGGGAGCUGUGCCUGUGCGGCCGUAUCCUCACAUGGCCGCCUCCGUCGCCUCGUCGGCGUUCUUUCCGGCGCCGGCGCCGGCGCCCAAGAACGGCACGGGCGGGUCGUCCAAGGACAGCCUGGACAUGCGUGGGGUCGCCGGAAACGCGGGUGUGGUGAGGUCCUCGGCAAGGCUGCGCGCCACCGUCCCCAAGGUGAGCGGCGGCGGCGGCAAGGCUGCGGUGACUGACGGUGAGGACGAGGCGGCCCGCCCCUCGGCGCCGAGGACGUUCUACAACCAGCUGCCGGAUUGGAGCGUGCUGCUCGCGGCCAUCACGACCAUUUUCUUGGCCGCGGAGCGGCAGUGGACGCUGGUCGACUGGAAGCCCAAGCGGCCCGACAUGCUCAUCGACACGUUCGGCUUCAGUGGGCAGGUGUUCCGGCAGGACUUCUCCAUCCGGUCGUACGAGAUCGGGGCCGAUCGGACGGCAUCGAUAGAGACGCUUAUGAAUCAUUUGCAGGAGACGGCGCUGAAUCAUGUCAAGAGCGCUGGGCUGCUGGGCGAUGGCUUUGGUUCGACACCGGAGAUGAGUAAACGCAACUUGUUCUGGGUUGUCAGUCAAAUGCAGGUCCUGGUGGAGCAGUACCCAUGCUGGGGCGAUACAGUGGGCAUAGAUACAUGGGUCAGUGGUCAUGGUAAAAACGGAAUGCGUAGAGAUUGGCAUUUACAUGAUUGUAACACAGGCCAGACUAUAUUGAGGGCUACAAGUAAAUGGGUUAUGAUGCAUAAGCAUACUAGAAAACUCGCAAGGUUUCCUGAUGAAGUGAGAACUGAAAUAGCACCAUACUUUUUUGAGCGCACUGCUAUCGCUGAUGAAGACAGACGUAAACUUCCAAAAUUGCCAGGGAAUGGCGGAGCCAUGGCUAGCAAAUAUGUCCGAACAGGUUUGACUCCUCGAUGGGCUGACCUUGAUCUCAACCAGCAUGUCAACAAUGUUAGAUACAUUGGGUGGAUUCUUGAGAGUGCUCCAAUCUCUAUAUUUGAGAAUCACGAGCUGGCUAGCAUUGUCCUAGACUACAAGAGAGAAUGUGGCAGAGACAGUGUGCUGCAGUCACACACCACGGUGUUCACUGACUGCAUUGAUGGCUCAGGAGAAACAACCUUGCAGUGUGAGCAUUUGCUGUGCCUUGAGUCAGGGCAUACCAUUGUGAAGGCACGGACUAUGUGGAGGCCAAAGAAAACCAAUGCCAUGGGAUUAUUGACUCCAGUCUCAGCUAGCGAAUUUUAGCUUCACGGACUUGAUUGCCUUGGAACAAGUACUUUCUCUUCCUUACUGGGAACAGACUGGACAGCAAGUCAUACUAGUAUGAUGCACUUACAUAGGUUAUAUAGGAAGAAAGUCACCAGAAGGUGGGAAGAAAAGAAGGUGAAAUGACGAAAACUACCUGGUGACUGGUGUACAUAAGUAGUGUUCUAGGCUCCUAGCAGACUAGUUGUCCCAGUACGAUGCGGAAGUGGACGCCUCAUACUCGGCUGCCGGGCUGUGUCUAUACUAUAAACCCCAGUGUGCAGUAAGUCUGGUCCGAUCGCGUCUUAGAGUCUUAGUCUUAGAGAAACAUAUUCCUGAUGCUGAAUCUUUGUAAUUUUUCGAAUACGUAAUCUGAGUUUUUCCAAGUUUC